AAAUUGAACAAAAUUUAAUGAGUCAGUAGUCAGUAUUGUGGUUUUAGGGGCAACAACCAAUUUGCUUUACCGUUUGUAUUUGUUUGGUUUUGUUGUUUUGCACCUUUUGGUGGUUUUAGCUUAUGCUAUCAUUUCUACUAGAUGACGACUAAAAACACAAUGAUAGAAGCAACUGGAUGUUUUAAUUAAUACAGUGCUUAUAAAAAAUUUGGAGUUACAAGGUAGAGGAAAGUAAAGAGAAGAAAGAAAUGGAUGAACUGUUGCUGGGGAAGAGGGAAGGGAGGAGAUGGGGGUUGUUCCUGGAAGAGUUUAAGAAAGUGAGCUCGGUUGCAGUUCCUUUCAUGGCGGUGGCAGUGUCGCAAUACCUUCUUCAGGCUGUGUCAGUGAUGAUGGCAGGUCACCUUGGUCAACUCUCACUCUCUGCUGUUGCAAUCGCCACCUCUUUCUGCAAUGUCACUGGCUUUAGCCUCCUAUCGGGAUUUGCUGGUGCCAUGGAAACCUUAUGCGGUCAAGCUUACGGAGCAAAGCAAUAUCAAAAGUUUGGAAGUUAUACUUAUUGCGCAAUAAUGUGUCUAAUUCCAAUUUGUCUUCCGGUGUGCCUGCUGUGGGUAUUCAUGGACAAGCUAUUAGUGCUAACGGGGCAAGACCCUGAAAUUGCGAAGGUGGCUUGGAGAUACGGGAUAUGGCUUAUUCCUGCGUUAUUCCCCUACUCCAUUCUUCAAUCUCAAGUUCGAUAUUUCCAUACCCAGAGCUUGAUUCUUCCAAUGCUCUUCGUUUCACUCGCAACUCUAUGCUUCCAUGUUCCUGUUUGUUGGGUUUUGGUAUUCAAAUCCGGGUUAGAAAAUACGGAAGCAGCACUGUCCAUUGGCUUGUCUUAUUGGUUAAAUGUAAUCUUGCUUGGUUUCUACAUGAGAUACUCAGCCUCCUGUAAGAAAACUCGUUGUUUCAUCCUCAAGGAUGUGUUCUCGAGUGUCAAGCAUUUCUUUCGCUUUGGAAUUCCUUCUGCUGUAAUGCUUUGUCUUGAAUGGUGGUCUUUUGAGAUUCUUAUACUCCUUUCCGCGCUCCUACCCGAUGCAGAGCUCCAAACAUCAGUUAUCUCUAUAUGCUUUACAAGUUCGUCUCUACAUUACUACAUACCAUUUGGGAUUAGUGUUGCUGCAAGCACUAGGGUAUCGAAUGAGUUAGGUGGCGGAAAUCCAGAAGCAGCACAAAUUUCUACCGUUGUUGUGAUGCUUGUUACACUUACAGAAGCAGUAAUUGCAAGCGUAAGUCUUUUCUGUUGCCGACACAUAUUCGGAUAUGCAUACAGUGAUGACAAGGAAGUAGUCAAUAAUGUGGCAAAAAUGGUUCCCCUAAUGUGCCUAUCAAUUAUCAUGGACAGCUUACACGUGGUACUUGCUGGCAUUGUGAGAGGAAUUGGGUGGCAGCAUAUUGGUGCUUAUGCAAAUCUUGGGGCAUAUUAUGUUGUUGGAAUACCAAUGGGAGUAUUAGGUGCAUUUGUUUUGCAUUGGAGAGGGGAAGGUCUUUGGCUUGGAAUGUUGUGUGGAUCCACCGUACAAGGAAUCCUCCUUGCUUUAGUAUCCAUUUUCACAAAUUGGAAAAAUCAGGCAAUAAUGGCUAGGGAGAGAAUGUUAGAUGGGACACAUGUUCAUGGAUCAUUUUAAAAGACCCCAUCACAGAAUGCAGCUCCCAACAUAAAAGAGCAAGUUCUGUUUUUUUUUUCAACCAGAUCCUUCUGUACCAAAUGUUUUUCUCGCGUGUUCAGGCUGUGAAAACUUAUUUUAUUAAUUUUAUGUACUUUUUUAUAUUAAUAAAAAUGUAAUUGUAUUUUUUAUCUACGAUGAUAAUUUUAAUAAUGAUAAA